AUGGGUCGCCGGCCUAAUCAGGUGAUCCAGCAAUACUUCCAGCGAGGUCCUAAGCUGGCAGACAAUUCCAACAGAUAUCCCCAAACAUGCAAACUCUGCGGUGAAAAUUUCCCAAAGGGUCGAAUCGACAGCCUUACUACCCAUCUGACGAAGCGAUGCCCUGCCAUAUCCGAACAAGACCGCAUAAACGCCUGUCUCAUGCUCAAUGGCAUUUCAGCAGCUCGGACUCCCCGAACUCUGCACGCCCGGCAACAGCAACAAGCUCAGCAGCACCAGGGCCCGCAAAUGGAGCUCCCAUUGAUGCAGUCUCAUCAGAACUGGACACCGCUGGAGACACUGGCGGAGGUUUCUAGGAGGCAGAUCGACCAUUUGAAUGAGUACGGAGGUGAACGUCCCCAGACACAACACGAAUCACAUGAGCCUUUCUCAGGCGCUUUCGAGUUGUCUGGUCCCACUGCACUCGAACGCGCCGAGAUCCAGGAACAGUUCACCGUCGAGGAUCAUUCCUCUCCAUACAACGAUCAUCAGACUGAAGAACGACCAGGUAAGGACGGGCUGGACGGCCAAUCGAAUGUGGCAGAGCACGUCCAGGACUCCCAUGAGCACGGCACGGCGCCCGCUGAUGCUCCUAAUUUGACUGUCGCCGCGGCUGCAGCCGCCAGGCUGAACAAUGCCAUGUUGGAUCCUACACUAUUCCUCAAUCACAAUCUCGGCGAGGAUCUAGCGCGAGCUAUAGAAACUGUCCAAGAUGCGGAUGCCACACCUGGCCCUGCAUCAGGAGCUGUUGCUCCCGAGGAACAUGCUCCUCCAGCGACGCCCGACCAUAUCUCACCACCUCCAGCUCCAGCACCACCUCCAGCCCCGCAAUCUGCUUCGCAGCAACCUUGGGGGGAGAUUACGUACAUGGCCAGUACGCCCCUUGCGCCGCCGUCUGCCGCCAGCCACCCGAUGCACGGGGUUCCUAUGUCAAGCAGAUCGGUUUUCCGCGUAGAUCAGAACGGCUCCAAGUCACGGCAUUCCCGGGCACGCUUUGACGAGCAACGGAGAAAAGAGGUUCAGCAGGUUCGGAAAAUCGGCGCAUGUAUCCGUUGCAGGAUACUGAGAAAGACCUGUUCCCAAGGCGACCCUUGUGACACUUGCCGCAAGGUGCUGUCCCCACGCAUUUGGCGAAGUGGAUGUGUCCGCACAAAAUUCACCGAUGAGCUCAAUCUUUACGAUGCUGGUGUUCAAAUCGUACAUUCACAAAAGCAGAUCAACAAUUUCAAGUCCACAUUGAACUUGGACCACCCUCCUGUGGUGCUUGAAGCUUCACAUUUUCCCGGUGAGGGCUCAGCGAUUCUCGUGGAGACUCUCCGUGGCACCAAGCCCAAGGAGCCAGGUGCCGAACUCCUUGCAGAAGAUGAGCGUUGGGCAACGCCACAAAUUGUGAUGAUCAAUGACCAAGAAGAACUCUCUGGCAAGCUAGAGGCUUAUGUCAGAGAUCAGUUACCGGUGUUUGCGCAAAAGGAGAGAGCUUCAUUCUCACGCAUCACGGUGGAGACCGCUCUUCAGAUUGCCCGAGAUAACGACGAUAGGAAUCUCAGGUUGGCCCUUGAACUCUGGGGAUUCGUGGAAGUCAUCGACCGGGAGCUUAAGUGGCACCUCAACAUAUGUCCAUCCCCGGUAGCUCACAUUGAGGGAAAGCCCAUUACGCAGGAGACCGACGCGGAGUUAUACAAGACUCUAUGUCUACAAUUGACAGCCGCCGCGGAAAGGAAGGCAUCAACCACCAGCAAGAAUCUGUUGACACACAUGCAACGAGACCUGCAAGAUGCAAGGACCAAGAUUGGUCAUGGCAUGUUCUUCACCGUUCUGGUCUUGCUUAUCUGCGUUGAGAAAUCGACCUGGGCGUUUAAGGCCUGGGAGGAGAUGAGUAAAACUAUCAACUGCUGGCCUUUGGAGAGACUCCCGAGCGACUACACCCAGCAGGGCUAUAGGAUCUCUGAACUACUAGGUAUGCUCUUGGGCAUACGGCGAGCUUUGCCAAAGACCGCGAUUCGAGAGAGCGACGGUGUACUGGUUGUCGAGGACCCAGAUCCCGUUCUGCAGUCUUAUUUUGAAAGCAUCAACCUGCGAGCUGCCGACGUCGUCGCGCAACAGCAGAACGCUCCAUUCUCUGCUUUGGAUUCGCGCACUCUCGAGCUCCAUCUCUGCUCAAACCUGCUUUUGCCUUAUCAGGACGCCCACACUGGCUCGCACCAAGAUCACAACAUUGCUGGUCCGGGAAGUAAUCAUGUCUCAGACCAUGCUUACACUCAUGAGCCGGGCCCUGGAACCCCAUCUUCAGCAGCGGCUCCUGCACCGUCUGAGGCUUCCGGUCUGUCGGGGUUGUGA